UGUGGUCUGGGACUCUGAAAAGGGCAACCUUUGACCUAAAAUUCAUGUUUAAUUUAAUAAUGCUUUCGUUGGACAUAUUAAGUUCAGUAUGUUUAUUUUUAUCCCCCAUGCAUGGCUGCCAAACCACAAACGACACCCCAAGGCGAACUCCGAAGCCAAGUCAGCUGCUCCAAGCUCAGAUACUGAUUUUCCCGCAGCUCCUGGUGCCGUCAACACUCAACACUCAGGACUGUCUAUCACAAGGAUAUACGGCAGCAGGUACUCGAGCUGAAGCGACCUGUCUGUCCUGGAAAGUAGAUGCCCUAAGUCCGAUCCACAGAAUUCAAAGCGGAGACAGGUGGCCCCAGCAUUUCACUCACUUUCCGUUGGAGUUUAAAAACAAUUUAUGCAGCAUUCUCUGUGGUGAUGUGGGGCAAGUGCAUAUGGCGGGUACGGUGGAGAUAGUGCGCUACGUAUAUUUGGCAAGCGACCCCGGCAUGUCCCGAAAAAGGAACCACUCUGGUUGAAACCGCUCUUUCAGACUGGUUUCUAAAAUGGCUAGAAGCAGUGACAGCAGCCAGUGCAAAAUACGCGUUAAAUGCGCAAAGCGUGCGGCACGCGCUGAGAUUGCCAGGAAAAAAGGGGAAGGACAGGCGAAAUGGGCGGGCCUGUUGUGUGUGAAUAUGUUGUCAAAUUCUCGUAAGGACCUCGGCUUUUAGUUGUUGCCUUGUGUCUUCUAUGUUGCCUUUUUUUUGGCUGAGGAAGGCAGUCAGCCAAGAGCCGUCAAGCAUAUUUCAAAAACUCAACUCCUGAGUGUGCUAAGUGCCUGCUUACAAAUACAUUUGCGUAGUAACGUCUUCUGCUCGCA